CCAAAAGAGGACGCUCACAGACGCUCUGACGCUUUGGUAGGCUUGGGUCUGUGUGUCUGUGAACUUACACCGUUGAAGUUAACCUUCAAAUACAGCAGCACGUUGACACUGGUGGGACCUGGGAAGACGUUACCCCGAUAAUCUACAUCCUUGAGGGUCCACCAUCUAAAAUCAGAAUGGAAGCUCGGGGUGAAAAAACACACGGCUGUGGGACAAUUUGUCUGAAAUAUCUGCUUCUUCUCUUUAACAUUCUUUUUUGGCUGGCAGGAGGCGCUGUACUGGCGGUGGGAGUGUGGACUCUGGUGGAUAAGAGCGACUACAUCAGUUUACUGAACUCCAGCCUCUAUUCGGCCUCAGCUUAUAUCCUGAUAGCUGCUGGGCUCAUUGUGAUAGUGACCGGGAUAAUUGGAUGCUGUGCCACUCUGAAGGAGAUGAAGAGUCUUUUGAUUGUGUAUUUGUGCUUGUUGCUCUGUAUUUUCCUGCUGGAAAUUAUUGCCGGCGUGCUGGCCUACAUAACCUACCAAGAGUGUUUCCCUUUCUGCUACCAGCUGGGCGAAGAGCUCAGACAGAACCUGAAGGUGACCAUGCAGCAGAAAUACCAGCAGCCAGGGGAGGAGAGCAUCACGCAGGCUGUGGAUAAACUCCAGCAAGAGUUUAAGUGCUGUGGCAGUCACAACUUCUCAGACUGGACCGACAGCGAGUGGAUCCGGGUGAAUGAGCGGCUUGUUCCUGAUAGCUGCUGUAAAACUCCCAGUGACCUCUGUGGCCGCAGGGAUCACCCCUCCAACAUCUAUAAGGUGGAGGGAGGCUGUAUCAUGAAAUUAGAGGACUUCAUCUUGAGUCAGCUGUAUAUUCUCGGUGCAGUGGGCAUUGGGAUUGCAUUUCUGCAGCUUGUGGGGAUGAUGUUUACUUGCUGCCUUUAUCGAAAUUUGGAAGAAGAUACAUACUGAUUUUUGACCCUCUUUAAUAUCACAGAAUCAAACAGUCAAAUCAUGAACUGUAAACUGUUGUGGAUGGUGUGAAGCUGCCAACUCAGACGAUGACAUGAUGAGAAAAUACAGACACUACAGAUACCUUGUUGCUGCUGGGCAGCACUGUAAUUAUUGUGCCAAAUGCCACUGCAUGCUUUUAAGUGUGUUUUGUUUUAUGUUACGACAAUGACUUGUUGAAUGAAAAAUACCUUUGAGAAAUGUGAGCAUGCUGUGGCUGUAUAAUUGCAAUCAGCGUUGGUCUGUUUUUUAAUGUAUGUAUGGUAUAUUGUUAUGGAGUUAUAAAUUAGAAAAUGGAUUUAAGAAACAUUUUUGUUUGUUGAGCUGCAAAUAAAAACGCUUGUCAUUUAUUAUUCCCAACCAA